UAAUUUGAAUCAUCGGAGGCGCCGUGUUUGGAUACAGAGAAAAGAAAGCAAGCAAGGUAAAACGAAAGAGAAAAUGCUACCUCAACAAUGGGCUUCGCAAUGUGGAAAUCAUUGCACUAAGAAAUACACCAGUCUUACCGAAAUUCCUUGGAGAGUGUUCUGCAAAAAAGGAUGUGACAACGAUGCAGAUACAUGGGAAGAAUGUAUAUCAGAGUGCACUGAUUUAUGCUAUAAGGCUCCUGUGUUAAAGGAUCAGCAAUGGAGUUCUUACAUUGAUCGUUCUCCUGGAGCUGUCAAACAAUCUGAGGAAUGCUACACUGCUUGUCUAGCUGGCUGUGGUUACAAGGUUGGUUUAUUCUAUCGUAUUUGAAAGAUUAGUCAUUCA